AGUGAUGCUGAGCGAGCGGGCGGGGCCCGGAUGGAGAGCAAGGUGCUGGCGGUGGCGUUCAAUACCCGCCGCCCCGCGUUUUCCUGCCUGCUCGUCCGCCUGCUCCGUGUUCAGUGAGCGGGGACUCGACGAUGUCUGAGGCCGGCCUGCGCCCGCACGCCGCCGCGAGCCAGGCGCGGCCUCGCCGCGGAGGAUGAACGCGGCGGCUGACGUCGUCGUCGUCGUCGUCGUGGUCUCCUUUCGGCCUCUUGUCUGGCUCCGCCUCGACGGGAGCUCCGGCCCCGCUUCGACCGCUCGGCCUUCGUCUUGCGCCGCUUUCGCCGCCAUGUGACGCGCGGGCGCCAUCAGGAGCUAAAAUGACGAGCGACUUCGUGCUCAUGCGCCUGGUCUCCGCCGCCGAGGAGGACCGCCCCGAUGCCGACAGCGGCUCGGCGCCGCCCGGGGGGGUCGCGGUGGGCGGGCUGGCUCGCAAAGCGGCCCUGGAGCUCAGCCGAGACGCGGGCCUCGAGCGGAACAAAGCCCCGGCGACUCGCGGCGGCCCCGCCGCACCUGACGGCGACGGCCAAGCCCCGCCGCGUGCGGCUACGAGGCCGCAGAGCCCCGCGCAGGCCCCGGGAUGCGAGUUCGGCUCCGGUCUGCGGCCGCAGCUGCUGGUGUUCUCGGACCUCGUGCGCAAAGGGGACGGCAUCCUGGAACUGAACCAGCACGGGACUCCCCUGGGCUUGGACCUGCCGAUGCCGGACCCCAGGGCAGGUUGCUCCGAGCCCGCCCGCGGGAAUGGCACUCGGACCCCGGAAGAGGUCCGGCGACAGCUGCGGGAUCAAAUGGACGCAACCUGGGCGACGCGUCCUCCGGUCCCGCGGUCCACGGAGCAGCGAGGAUCCGCGGAAGUGCGCCGUGGACACCGACUCCUGGCCGGCCCGCCCCAGCUGCCCUCGCCGUCGGGGGGCUCCGCCCCGCCGGCCGUCAUCGACCCCAGAUGGGCGUGCGCCGGCCGUGACCGAGAGGGACCCGUGUUGAAGCUGGCCCGGAGGUUCGGCGAGCUGGGGGUCGGCGCCGUGCCAAAGAUGCUCCUCAAAGCGGGCGAGCUCCCGCGUUGCGCGUGUCAGGGGGCACACGCGCCGGGCGAGGAGCCCGCCGAUGACCCUGCCGUCACCAGCGACGCUCUGCUGGUUCUGGAAGGGCUCGGCAGCGACGACGUGGCCGGCCUGGGCCUGCAGGACCAGAGUCCGCACGACCGGGAGCCCAACCGACACUUUUUAGUCAGCGCCAAACCGGACCUCGGCGACAAAAUAAGUUAUUUCCGGGCGCAAGUGACGGUGGAGGAGGGGCUCUGCGGCGGGAGGUCCCCAGGGGUCGACCCGGAUCCGCAGGACUCCCCUCUGGUCCGCAGCCAGGCCUCCACCCCCCGCAGGAGGCCCGAGAGGUGCGCCGGCGCCCCGCGGAACCCCUGCGGGGGGGCCAAGACGCUGAGGGCGUCCGCCAAAUCCAAGAAGCGCUCGCUGAGGGUCCGCAUGAGCAGGUUGUUCCGUACCAAGAGCUGCAGCGGUUCCUCCCACCUGCUGGACCGGGACCACGCGACCCCUUUUGGGGGGCUGGUCGACGCGCACAUGAGCGCAUCGGGACCCUCGCUGGAUUUGGACAGCGUGGAUCACGACGCGAGCGGCGGCAGGCUGAGCCGGGCCCACAGUGCCUUCUGCCCCGCCUCCCUCUCGUCCUUCGCUGGCGAAACGGUGUCUCUGCUGGACGUGGACCUCUCCCGGCGAGGUACCGCCAACACGCCUCAUCCGCCCACGCCGCCGCCUCCGCCGCGGCGAAGUCUCAGCCUUUUAGACGCUUUCCUGCGGGCGCUUCCUCACGUCAACCCGGCGCAGGCCGACCCGCCGCCCGCAUCCAGGCAGGCGCCGCCGCCCGUCCUCUGCGCUCUCCGCAGGUCCGAAGCCGGCAACUUCACCGCCAGCCUGCGGGAGCUGGAGAAGUGCGGCUGGUACUGGGGUCCGAUGAACUGGGAGGACGCGGAGAUGAAGCUGAAGGGCAAACCCGACGGAUCCUUCCUGGUCCGAGACAGCUCCGACCCGAGAUACAUCCUAAGCCUCAGCUUCCGCUCGCAGGGCGUCACGCACCACACUCGCAUGGAGCACUACCGCGGCACGUUCAGCUUGUGGUGUCACCCCAAGUUUGAGGACCGCUGCCACUCGGUGGUGGAGUUCAUCGAGCGCGCCAUCAUGCACUCCAAAAAUGGGAAGUUCCUCUACUUCCUGCGAUCCAGAGUCCCAGGCCUUCCACCGACGCCGGUGCAGCUUUUGUAUCCCGUGUCUCGCUUCAGCAACGUCAAGUCCCUGCAGCACCUCUGCAGAUUCUGCAUACGCCAAAUCGUGCGCAUCGAUCACAUCCAACAACUUCCACUGCCCAGGUCGCUGCUGUCCUACCUAAGUAAGUUUUAUUACUACGACCCCGAGGAGGAGAUGUACCCGUCCGUCAGAAGCAUCCGGGCGGCGCUCCGGGCGCACACGUAGCACAAACGACGACGCCGACGAUGAACGACAGCAACACGGCGCCAGCGUGGAGACCCGAGCCAGCGCAACGAGCGUCGCGGCUUCUCUCCGUUCUCGUUCUUCUCACCUCGGACGGCGUCUGGGGAGACGUUUUUUGCCGGCCGGCGUCCUUCUUCCCCGGAAGUUCCGCUUGCGGACCCAAACGGCAGACGGACACGCCCAAAGUGCUUUUUUUGCUUUGUUUGGAGCACUCCUCCCUUUUCUCUCCGGCCUUCUCUUUCUCUCUUUCUGUCCAGUGAGACGACGGUGGCUUCGGGAUGCUCUCGGGGCAGACACACACGCGCGCGCACACACGCAUUUUGGGUUCAUGCCGUGUUUGUGAAUCAAAGACUUUGGUGCGUGAACACAAAUGUCAACAACACCAGCAACAACAACAAAAAAAAAAUGGUCCGAUUUUGGAAUGACUUCGUUCAUUUGGAAGAGACACGCAACGCAGCACAACGCGUUGCAGCCGCAUUCUGGGAUGUGAUGGUUACCAGCGACGGAUUCUCCAAAUAGGAAAAGGGGACUCGAGCUUUCACCGAGGAGAUCAUGCGAGUGGAAAUAAGCGUUUUCAUGCUCAUCAGUACGAAAAUCAGACUAACAACAUGGACGGGGCUCACUGCUAAGGUUGUUUUGCAGAUUUUGACCUCUGCCUGAUGUCAUUGUUGGAUUCCCGUCGUGCCACGUGCGUGUGCUAGCUAGUCUGCCCCGACUCAUCCAAAUGUAUGAAGAUGUGUUGAUGGAUGCUCAUUGUGUUUCUCACAAGAUGGACGCUCUUUUUGUAAAUCAGCAUAAAAGCAAAAAUCAAAAAAGGCAAA